CAGAACAGUGUCUUUCCCACUUCUCUGACUCCCUCACUCCACUCCAUCUAACCGUUUCACUGGAACUUCAUUUCACAACAGAGUGAAUCUGAGUUGUUAAAGAAAAGGACUGGAAACCCUACAGAUGACAUGCAGCCUCAGAGGACGGUGGUGUGUGACCAUCUCAAUGGCUCACGGAUCGUUUUCUCAGAUGAAAGUCCCCCAGCAGGUAACGCUCUGUCCCCGGACAUGACCCAGGAAGUAGUCGUGAUCUCGCCUGGUGUCCCUGCAACUCCUCCGACCCCCUACUACAGGACUGCUGCUGCUUCGGCUCCUCAACACAACGUUGCAGAGAUAAAUGGAGCUGCGCUUCCUGCCCCCAGUUUCGGAUCCUAUUACGGCCCAGGCCAAUCACAUGGUAAUGAAUUACCUAAUGGUGGCCCACGCUCCGCUACUUUGCCUCGCACAUCCGUCACCAGAGAAGAGAGGCUCAUCAAGUUCUCUGGGAUCGGCCCGGUGGACGAAACAGGCAUGCCGAUCGCGUCCCGAUCUAGUGUGAACAAACCAAAGGACUGGUACAGGAGCAUGUUUCGACAGAUCCACAAGAAACCAGAGGAGCCAGAAGUCGACUGGCAAGAAAGGAGGCUGAAUACCACUCCGCCUGUAGAGUCGAUUCAGGAGGACGGACACGGACCUGGAAAAGACCCCUUCACCCUCACGCAGCAUGGAGCGCUUCCUGAUUGGGCUGACCUGGGCAACGUAGUAAAGAUUCCAGAGCCGAAGAGCAUUUUCGACUUUGAGCCAGGACAGGGAGACACAGCAGAGGAACGUGAGCAGUCAUCAAGACACCCGCCAGUGCACCACCCUCCUGAGAGAGCUCACUCUCCCUCUAUAGAGGCCACUCUCGUGUCAGAGCUGAACCGAUUCGAGGCAGAGCUGGACUCUGAUAUCCGUGGCCUGGAGAGGAAGCUGUCUCUGAAGCAGCAGCAGCCACAACGGCGAGGCAGGGGUGAGGGUGAAAGGAGCAACACUACUGGAGCAGGGGCAUCUGGGAAAGGACUAGACUACAGCUACCUGAUUGGAGAAAAGCACCUCGGGACGAAAGAUAGAGGUAGUGCCCCUUCAAGCAGUACUAGAAAACCUGGUGCAGGUGUUCAGCAAGACAUCAGACCGAGCAUCGCACAUGCUAAUGCAGACAGAUCAGCGUGUGUGUCUGCAGACAUGGACUUUCCACCUAAGAGAGAGGAGAAAAAGAUGAAAGCAGCACGAGCCAAAUUUGAUUUCCAAGCCCAGUCACCUAAGGAGCUGACCCUGCAAAAGGGUGAUGUGGUGUACAUUCACCGCCAGGUUGAUGCCAAUUGGUACGAAGGAGAGCAUCAUGGGAGAGCAGGGAUCUUUCCUACGAGUUACGUUGAGAUCAUUCCUCCGACAGAGAAGCCAGUGCCAAUAAAGCCUCCCAGUGUACAGGUGCUGGAGUACGGAGAGGCCGUGGCUCUGUUCAACUUCAAUGCCGACCUGCCGGUGGAGCUGUCCUUUAGGAAGGGCGAGGUGAUAUCCAUAACACGACGUGUGGAUGAUCACUGGUUGGAGGGUCGGAUCCCAGGCACCGCCCGCAGCGGCAUUUUCCCCGCCAAUUACGUCCAGGUCAACAAAAUGCCCCGCACCAGAACGGCUGAUGACCUUUCACCCUGCCCACUCUCGCCCCUCUCCCCUUCCCCUCACUGCACCCAGGCUCCGCUUUCAACUCACGCAUGCACCAGCCAGUUACGCUCACCCCUCUCACCCACACAGCACGCCUCCUCCAAACAGCUGUCCAAUCACUUUGUAUACUCGCCUGGCCCCGCCUCACCCACUCCGCCCAACAGCCACAGGAGUUUCUCACCUUCAGCAUGCAGUUCACUGGACAGAGAAACGAGAUCUCCUGUUUCACCAUCCAGUCACGUCUUGCCGUCUCCACAGGGCCCGGGACUGGCAGUGAACAUGAACCAGAGACCUUCGUAUUCUUAUCAGGAUGGACCCAGAACACAACCUCCUCAGUCUUACACGCGUGUAAAAACUCCACCAUCAGCACCUUCCCCAGUCAACAGCAGCACUACAGUCAUACCCCGACAGCCAUAUAAGGCAGUUUACAACUACAAACCCCAGAAUGGAGACGAGCUGGAGCUGAGGGAGGGAGACAUCGUUCAGGUGAUGGAGAAGUGCGAUGACGGCUGGUUUGUAGGUACGUCUGAGAGGACUCGUGCUUUUGGAACAUUUCCUGGCAACUAUGUGGCACCUGUUUGAACGUGAACAAAUGUUUUGGCAUACUCACUACUUCUACAGUCUCGCUCACUAAUUCGAUGAGAAUUUUAACACACACACACACAUAUAUAAAACUUGUAUAUGCACAAUCAGUCUUCAAUCUCUCCAUCAUCAUCACUCACUUUUCAGCUCCUGAACUGGUUUGCAUGCACACUCCAUUCACAUUUUGAGCACUUGCGUGUGUUCUGUGUCUGCGUGCGUGUGUAUGUGUUUUCACAAGCACUCCCUGGAUGUGGUGGCAUUGGCAAAGACACUAUGUUUGGAACAGUCAAGGCAACGCGCAUGUUUUUAAAGCCACCAGUGACUGAUUUAAGAGGUGGCCGUGGGUAUGGUUUGGACUGGACUGCUGCCACAGAGACAGAGACACUGUCCUUAUCGUCCACAUGCUUAUUUUGCAGCACAUCCUGUGUUUGACAUUUUUGUGUAAAGAUUUCCUCCGUCCUGCAUUUCAGAUCUGUAACAGCGCAGCUCCUCGUGGAACACUCCACGAAGACACGCAUCUGGAUGGAUGAACUUUCUCAAUUAUCAUGAUCAUCACAAAUAUUAGUGUUUCGUUUGCUGGCUUGGCUGAACUCAAUUUGAUAUUAACGACACAACCGUGCAAAUCCUUGCCUACUAGAGCUUCAUCUACGUGUAGUAUAUACUAUAUUAGUGCUGUAUCUGUUAAUCUGUUGCUCGAGGAACUAUUGAAGGAUCACCUCAGUUGGCAGCGUUCUGGGGAUUUUUGUAAUAUUUCCUGCACGAGGAAGUAACUCAUGCAGAACUGGCUUCACUAUGUGUGUAUUAUAAAGCUAGAGCGCAAACAUUUCUGUAGUGGAUUAGCUAGACUUUGUCAGUUCAGGGUUGUAGGUGAGAAUAGCUAAAUAUGAUUGCCUACAUAACAAAAACCUAUUACCAUAAACUUGUGUCAUACAUCAUUGUUCUGUGUUGAGUAAGACAUUUCCUGAAAUGUAAUAUGCUAUUUUGAAACAUGACCAAUCCUAGAUACACUGUGCGUCAUGAAAGGUAUGGCUCUGUCAUUGAAAUCGGGCGUACCUUGACAGAAAGGAACAUUCUUUCUCCAUGAACCUGAUCUGGUGACAAAUUUACAACAAUUUGGACGAAUGAGACUGAUGUGGUUGGGUUUUGUUGGCCUUAAGGUAUAAAACAUAUCAUUAACUUUUAGAUAUGGGUUGGUUGUUGCUUGGAAAACCGUUGCAGUUUUCAUUGACCACAGUCAAAUUCAUUCCUAAAAAAAAUAAUAAUUAAAAAAAAAAAAAAAAAGGUUUCCUGAAGUUUAACAUGAUACAGUAUGAAACCCUUCUGUGAAGUGAUCCUCAUUUGUAAUUGUAACACUCAAGUGAUCUCUAGGACAUAUAUGCCACUAACUUCCUUUUUUUUUUUGAGAAUGAAAGCAUUCUUGGAAAGAUGAAGUAAGACGAUGACCAAAGUAUAAAGAAGAAGGAAGUGUUUUGAUCGUAUCAUGAACAAGAAUGUGACCAAUUGAUGUUUGUAUAGUAAUUCUGUCACAAGCUAUGACUGUCAGUUCCAACUAAAAAGCAACUUCUUAAUAAGAGAUGCCGAUAUUCAUAGUCAUGUAUUUUGAAAGAAAAUCUGACUUAUAAUCUCACAGGUUAUAAUGGGAUGGUUGGGUUACGCUAGAUUGGUGACUGCUUGGAUGUGGUUGUUAUCGUCUCGGAUACUGGUUUCUAACUCAAGUAUUAUUUCCAUUUUAUUUUUUAUUUUUUUGUUUUCUGAGACUGUACAGAUAUUAACAGUUAUCAAACUGCAGAAAAUAUAAUAUAUUUUUACUGAUUGCACGGUGUAUUUCAGUAGAUAUGGUACUCACAGAUUUUGAUAACUAUCAAAUAAAUGCAUCCUGUGCUUGGAAAAAAAA